CAGAGCCAGGCCAGGAUGGAGAGGAGACGGGUCACUUCAGUGGCUCGCCGCUCCUAUGUCUCCUCCUCAGAGAUGGGGGUGGGGGGCCGCCGCCUGGGUCCUGGCACCCGCCUGUCCCUGGCUCGAAUGCCGCCUCCACUCCCGGCCCGGGUAGACUUCUCCUUGGCCGGGGCGCUCAACUCCAGCUUCAAGGAGACCCGGGCCAGUGAGCGGGCAGAGAUGAUGGAGCUCAACGACCGCUUCGCCAGCUACAUCGAGAAGGUGCGCUUCCUGGAACAGCAGAACAAGGCGCUGGCUGCCGAGCUGAACCAGCUGCGGGCCAAGGAGCCCACCAAGCUUGCCGACGUCUACCAGGCAGAGCUGCGCGAGCUGCGGCUGCGGCUUGAUCAACUCACCGCCAACAGCGCCCGGCUCGAGGUGGAGAGGGACAAUCUGGCGCAGGACCUGGGCACCCUGAGGCAGAAGCUCCAGGAUGAAACCCACCUGAGGCUGGAGGCUGAGAACAACCUGGCUGCCUAUCGACAGGAGGCAGAUGAAGCCACCCUGGGCCGUCUGGAUCUGGAGAGGAAGACUGAGUCUCUGGAGGAGGAAAUCCGGUUCUGGAGGAAGGUCCAUGAGGAGGAGGUGCGGGAGCUCCAGGAGCAGCUGGCUCAGCAGCAGGUCCACGUGGAGAUGGAUGUGGCCAAGCCUGACCUCACAGCAGCCCUGAGAGAGAUCCGUACACAGUACGAGGCAGUGGCGUCCAGCAACAUGCAUGAGGCGGAGGAGUGGUACCGCUCCAAGUUUGCGGACUUGACGGACGCCGCUGCCCGCAACGCGGAGCUGCUCCGCCAGGCCAAGCACGAGGCCAACGACUACCGGCGCCAGCUGCAGGCCUUAAACUGCGACCUGGAGUCCUUGCGCGGCACGAACGAGUCCCUGGAGAGGCAGAUGCGGGAGCAGGAGGAGCGCCACGCGCGGGAGGCGGCGAGUUACCUGGAGGCACUGGCCCGGCUGGAAGAGGAGGGGCAGAGCCUCAAGGACGAGAUGGCCCGCCACCUGCAGGAGUACCAGGACCUGCUCAGCGUUAAACUGGCCCUGGAUAUCGAGAUCGCCACCUACAGGAAGCUGCUGGAGGGCGAGGAGAACCGCAUCACUAUUCCUGUGCAGACCUUCUCCAACCUGCAGAUCCGAGAAACCAGCCUGGACACCAAUUCCGUGUCAGAAGGCCACCUCAAGAGGAACAUCGUGGUGAAGGCCGUGGAGAUGCGGGAUGGAGAGGUCAUUAAGGAGUCCAAGCAGGAGCACAAGGAUGUGAUGUGAGGCAGGACCCACCUGGUGGUCCCUGCCCCACAGUAUAUGAGGGGCCUGCAGCAGGAAUCGGGGUAGUUGCCCCUCCCCUGCUAGUUAAUUUCCCCAGACUUGAGUUCCCACCCACCCCAGCUGCUCCUCUUCCCCCUCAGUCUCUAUGUCAGCUUGCUGCCCUAGGCUCCAUCAGCAUUAAGCCUGUCAGACAGCACCCACCCAGCAACUCUAACAGGGCACUCACCCCAAAGGGGCAGCCUGGAGGGGCAUGGCCAGCAGCUUGGGUUAGAAUUGGGAGGGAGGAGAGAAGUUGGGGAGGGCAGGGAGCCCUAAUAAAUCACCCUCCGUAUCCGAAUCCCUGUUGUCAUGGCAACUGUUGCCAGAGCCGGAGGUGUCUGGGGGUAUCUGGGAACGGGGCCUUUGAAUUUCCUCUGGCUGGUGGAGGAAAACCGAGACGCUGAGACAGGCAGGGGAAUCCCCACAGGCAAGGAGGCCUUGGCCAGAGGCUUAUUCUUCUAGACUGACUCUGACCAGUCUGAGGAUGGGUGGGGCUAUACUGCCACUUGGAGUAGUCGCCGGGACAGAAUUCCUGGUCUGCCCAGAUUGCAGACGGGCCUCCUGAGUGAUGGUUCAAGUGUCUCAGCCCCACUGAGCUGCCACGUGGGCAUGCUGUGGGCCCAUGGGAGCUUGAUUCUCAGCACUUGGGGGAACUACAGUGUAAGUGGUGAGGGAAGGGGUGCGUGCUGGGAGGGAGUAGAAGGGGGCCUGGCCCCAAGCUGUGGGCACAGAGAGGUCAAGCCCAGGAGGACUCCCCCCCUCCGCCAUAGGCUGGAGGCGGGGCAGGUAGAGAUGGUAGAGGAAGCGGUUGGGCUGAGGCCAGACGUCAGAGUGGGGGGUGUGAGUGAGCAGUUACACUUGGCCUCUGGGUCGUGGGAAUCAAGAAAGUGACUCGUCCUCUUGAAGAUGGUGAAACAGGAAAGAAAGAGGCUGCUGUUCCUGGGGGCAGGGCCCACUUUGUCCCAGCUCUAAAGGCCCUUUCCUGGCUGCGUAAUCCCUGUCCACCCAGGCCUGGGAGCCGCUGCGGCUGCCGCCUGACCCCAGCAAAUACUGCUAGGCAAAGCCUCUGCUGCACGCCCGACCCUCUCCUCCCCAAGUGACCUAAGCCAAGGCCCCUGUUGUCCCCUCGUAGUCAAAUGCAAAACGUACCCCCGUGUUUUAGGUAGCACCCUAUUUUGUAAUUUGGGAACCCGAGGCCCACGCAGAGUGAAGACACUAGUUUGUGUUCCUGCAGCCUAGAGGCAGGACAGCUUGGGGCAGACACUUUCACCCCGAGCACCUGUUCUGCGGUCCACAGGAAGACUGGUGGGCACGAGAUGAUCAGUGCCCACGAGUGGGGCUCAGAGGCCCACUCCAGGGUCCCCAUCUCCCUCUAAGGCAGAGGGAGGGAGAAGUAGGAGUCCCUCCCUCUUCCCAAGACUGUUGCCCUUCCCCUACUCCCUCCUGCCACCCACUGCUGCUAACCUUCGGGGCACCACUGCUACCUUUAGUCACUGACAUAAAUAAAGACAACUGCUGUGGCUUUCCCCAGA